CCUCCUCUCUCCCCUUCCCUCCUCGGCUCCACGGCUCCCUCGGCCGCUGCCGCCUCCGACCCCCCCCACCCCACUCCCCCGCCACGGCCCCGAGCCCCUGGCCGUUAGGCAAGACCCCCCCUUACCCCGGGGCUCCCCGAAAUCCAGCUCCCCUCCCCCACCUCAGCUCAUGCCCCAGCCCCCGAACUCCGGGGCUGCCAGCCCCCGGUGCCCCCGCCCCUCCUGAGAAUCGGGGUGUGCUCCCCAAGCCCCCUCCCCUCCACUGGGGACCCCCUUUUAGGGCCCCCUUCCCCUCCCUCCCACGCUCCCCUCCCCUCCCCUUCUCCAACCCCCUCUUUCCCCUCUCACCCCUCCCCCCAUCCUGGCCCCCCCUGCAAAAGUGGGGUGCGGAGGGGGGAGGGGUGAGAACCCAGGGAGGGGAGGAACGAAACUCCGAUGAAGUCAGAGCCCCUUACCCGCCGCCGCGGCCAGGCCCCCCAACAUGGACUGUCUCUGUAUAGUGACAACCAAGAAAUACCGCUACCAAGAUGAAGACACGCCCCCUCUGGAGCACAGCCCGGCCCACCUCCCCAACCAGGCCAAUUCUCCCCCAGUGAUUGUCAACACAGAUACCCUAGAAGCCCCGGGAUAUGUGAACGGGACGGAGGGGGAAAUGGAAUACGAGGAGAUCACAUUGGAAAGGGGUAACUCAGGUCUGGGCUUCAGCAUCGCAGGUGGCACGGAUAACCCACACAUCGGUGAUGACCCAUCCAUUUUCAUCACCAAGAUCAUUCCCGGUGGGGCUGCGGCCCAGGAUGGCCGCCUCAGGGUCAACGACAGCAUCUUGUUUGUGAAUGAAGUGGAUGUGCGGGAGGUGACACACUCAGCUGCGGUGGAGGCCCUCAAAGAGGCGGGCUCCAUUGUCCGCCUCUAUGUCAUGCGCCGGAAGCCCCCCGCCGAGAAGCUCAUGGAGAUCAAGCUCAUCAAGGGGCCUAAAGGACUUGGCUUCAGCAUCGCAGGCGGUGUAGGGAACCAGCACAUCCCUGGAGAUAACAGCAUCUAUGUAACCAAGAUUAUCGAAGGGGGUGCCGCCCACAAGGAUGGGAGGUUGCAGAUUGGAGACAAGAUCCUGGCGGUCAACAGCGUGGGGCUGGAGGACGUCAUGCAUGAGGAUGCCGUGGCAGCCCUGAAGAACACGUAUGAUGUUGUCUACCUGAAGGUGGCCAAGCCCAGCAGUGCCUACCUGAGUGACAGCUAUGCUCCCCCAGACAUCACAAGCUCUUAUUCCCAGCACCUGGACAAUGAGAUCAGCCACAGCAGCUACCUGGGCACCGACUACCCCACAGCCAUGACCCCCACCUCCCCUCGGCGCUACUCCCCCGUGGCCAAGGACCUGCUCGGGGAGGAGGACAUUCCCCGGGAACCGCGGCGGAUCGUGAUUCACCGGGGCUCCACGGGCCUGGGCUUCAACAUUGUGGGCGGCGAGGACGGUGAAGGCAUCUUCAUCUCCUUCAUCCUGGCCGGGGGCCCGGCGGACCUCAGCGGCGAGCUGCGGAAGGGGGACCAGAUCCUCUCGGUCAAUGGCGUUGACCUCCGCAAUGCCAGCCACGAGCAGGCUGCCAUUGCCCUGAAGAACGCAGGGCAAACCGUCACCAUCAUCGCGCAGUAUAAGCCAGAAGAGUACAGCCGAUUCGAGGCCAAGAUCCACGACCUUCGGGAGCAGCUCAUGAACAGCAGCCUGGGCUCAGGGACUGCCUCCCUGCGGAGCAACCCCAAAAGGGGUUUCUACAUCAGGGCCCUGUUUGACUACGACAAGACCAAGGACUGCGGCUUCCUGAGCCAGGCCCUGAGCUUCCGCUUUGGGGACGUAUUGCAUGUCAUCGACGCCAGUGACGAGGAGUGGUGGCAGGCGCGGCGGGUCCACUCUGACAGCGAGACCGAUGACAUCGGCUUUAUCCCCAGCAAACGACGGGUUGAGCGACGGGAGUGGUCAAGGUUAAAGGCCAAGGAUUGGGGCUCCAGCUCCGGAUCACAGGGUCGAGAAGACUCGGUUCUGAGCUACGAGACGGUGACACAGAUGGAAGUGCACUACGCUCGCCCCAUCAUCAUCCUCGGGCCCACCAAGGACCGCGCCAACGACGAUCUCCUCUCCGAGUUCCCCGACAAGUUUGGAUCCUGUGUCCCUCAUACGACACGGCCCAAGCGGGAGUAUGAGAUAGAUGGCCGGGAUUACCACUUUGUGUCGUCCCGGGAGAAAAUGGAGAAGGACAUCCAGGCACACAAGUUCAUCGAGGCCGGCCAGUACAACAGCCACCUGUAUGGAACCAGCGUCCAGUCCGUGCGAGAGGUGGCAGAGCAGGGGAAGCACUGCAUCCUCGACGUCUCGGCCAAUGCCGUGCGGCGGCUGCAGGCGGCCCACCUGCAUCCUAUCGCCAUCUUCAUCCGCCCCCGCUCCCUGGAGAAUGUUCUAGAGAUCAAUAAGCGAAUCACAGAGGAGCAAGCCCGCAAAGCCUUCGACAGAGCCUCCAAACUGGAGCAGGAAUUCACAGAGUGCUUCUCAGCCAUCGUGGAGGGCGACAGCUUUGAGGAGAUCUACCACAAGGUGAAGCGUGUCAUCGAGGACCUCUCAGGCCCCUACAUCUGGGUCCCAGCCCGAGAGAGACUCUGAUUCCUUCCCUGGCUUGGCUGGACUUGCCCUGCCUCCAUCGCCGGGGCCCUUGGUCUGGACUGAACUGCCCAAGCCCUUCGCACCCAGCCUCCCUCCUACCCCUUCUUAUUUAUUUCCUUUCUAACCGGAUCCAGCCCGUUGGAGGGGGGACGCUCCUCUGCAUGUAUCCCCGCUCCCCAGAACUGGGCUCCUGAGCCCCCAGGAACCUGGGGUCUGGGGUGGGGGAGCCGGGCGCCUGGUCCCGAGCCCGAGCUCCUCAGGACCCCUGAGCCCUGCCCGCCCCCAGCGCGCACACACAGACCCCCCGGGGGCGCCUGCCCUCCCCUCCCACACACAUUCCAGAAGUCAGGGCCCCUUCAGGAGCGCCCGCUGCAGGGCUGCAGGGCUGCAGGGCUGCAGGGCUGCAGGGCUCCGUGCUCUCCCGAGGCAGGGUCUGGGGUCACCCCUGCCCCCAUCAUAACUCCCCACGUCCCUUGAGUUCUCAUUUAUUUUUUUUCCAUUUUUUUUCCUCUCAAAGGUGGUUUUUGGGGGGAUAAGUGGGGGGACCCCACUGCGGGCCCCCUGCCUUCCACACGCCCCCCACCUUUUUUCUUUGCCGGUUUGCAUGAGUGGAAGGUCUAACUGUGGCUUUUUUUUUUUUUUCUGGGAUUUUUUUGGGGAACGGGGAGGGAUGGGUCUAGGGAGUGGGAAUGUGGGGGGGGAGGGGGGCAGGGUUGGGGUCGGGUGUCCGGGAGCCAGGGGACGACUGGAAAUGCUGCCGCCUUCUGCAAUUUAUUUAUUUUUUCUUUCGAGAGAGUGAAAGGAAGAGACAGAUACUUGAAA